AUGCGUAAGCGAUUCACGGAUCUUAUAGCGAAGUUUGGCCCCCUAACCUGGCGCAGCAGGGAUAACUGUCCAUUGAGCCCGGCCGCUGAUUGUUCCAUGUUUUCCAACGACAACCAGCCUGCCUUAGCUCCGCCUCUACUACCAUCGGUCGUGGGAACAGCAUCAUUUCACAGUGGACAUUUGAAAGACGGCCCAGCAAGGAGCCAUGGUGCCAGCAUCCCGCUUGCCCAAGGUGCCCCAGGCAAAGACGCCCAUUUCAGCCCACACAAGGGCCAUUUUGCCUAUGCUUUCGCUUUGGCUAAGUCUUCUCUUCUGGCCAAUGGGAUUCUUAGUCCAAGCGACGCGCCGCCGGGAGAAGUCCCUCCCGUCACGAGACAAGCAAGGAGAGCUCCGGCACCCCUCGACAUGGAAGCGUCUAUUGAACCUGUUGCCGAACUGGGAAUCGAUAAAGCAAGACUCGUCCUAGCAGAAUUCACCGACACUAUCCUUCCCAUCUGGCCUUGCGUGGACCUAUCCGUCCUGCAGCAAACUCUAGACGAGGUCUUCCGAGACUGCACCAGAGAGCCUCAAGAUCACAUCAUCAAUUUAGAGCCUAUUGCUAUGUCUGCUACAGCUAUUGACACCCUGAAGGCCGCCCUGGGUAUUUCAAUGUUGGUCAAUGGCGAGGAGACAGCCCCUCUGGCACGACACCUGCCACGCUACCUGGACUGGUCCAUCGAAUCCAUUGUAAUGGGCAGCGAAGCAGAUAUUCCAAACCUUGUACUAGCAGUCCUACUGAGCUUAUACCACUUAUAUCGAGGAUCUCUCCUCAAAGCCUGGCGCACGAUAGGAGCGGCCUCCAAGGCGUGUUUUGAACUGGGGAUGCACCAGACGCCGGCUGUCGAUUCUCAGCUAGACUCCUCGAAUUCACCCCUUGUACAUCACCAGACUCUCUUCUGCUGUAUCUUCGUCAUUGAUCGUCGAUGUUCUUUUGGCCUGGGCCUUCCGUACGCCAUACAUCUUGAGGACAUAGAUGAGAAGCGCCUGCAAAUAGGGCCUUCCAAUCCCUACCUCGCGGUCAUGGCCGAGUAUGACUGUAUCACUUCGGAAAUCUUGCCCUUGGUCAGCUCCCAGGAGCGGCUUGAGAAGAAAGUCCAACAGCAUGCUUACUUUUUGGAGUUUCAGCUUCACGGCCUACGGGAUAAGUUCGAAUCAUUUUUGACUGACAUCGAAGCUUCACACUCCAAGAGCAUCAAGUUUGGCCCUCGCCUUCUCCAAAACAUGCGAAUAUCUUUGACUGCACGCGUCAACCAUGCACGAUCACAGCUGCGAUUGAGCCAGAUCCAGGCUUCAGGCGGUGUUAAAGACGAUCCAGUCUCGGCCCGAAUCGUUACGGACGCAGCUUGCGAAACCAUUUCUGUGUGCGCCUCUCUGAUCAGGGAUGCAGAUGUUUUGGGAUCUUUGCGAAUCAACUUCGACUUCUUCAUCUGCGCGGCCCUGGCAACAUUGCUCACCGUGGUGAGCCAACAACCCGAACUGUAUGGGGACAAAUGCCGGGAUCCGUUCCACGAAGCACUGGACUCUCUGGCAACCUCAAAACAUCGACUUUUUAAUCCUAGGAAGAACACCUUCACGUUUGACCAGCUCAGAGAGAUCGCAGGAUGCAUCAACAUGUCCAAGCGUUCGAGUGGCUUGCUUGGGGCUCUUGAAGGGGAUGGCACACUUCCGACGUCGCUGGAUCUCUCCCAUCCAUUUUCGGCCGGUGAGUGCUUUGCUUCAUUUCCGUGCUGA